CAGAAAGUAGAUACUUGGGAAUACCCAUGAAAAGUACGAAGGAAUUAUUCACGAUUGAAGUUCAUUAGUUUGUGAUUUUAAUUUCAAUAAACGUAUUGAAGAAAGUAAAUUUCAUCAUGGAGACCAAAAUACUUCUCGAACGCAUUAACGACAUAGUUGACCAUUUCGUAUUCUCAUCUGUUUCAAAACAUGCAAAACUAUGGCCAAAUAUACAGGACACUACAAUAUGUGGACCGUGUAAAUACAAGAUCGUCAAGAUAGGUCGUAUAACAUUCAACAGAGAAAAUGUUAUUGGUAAAGGGGUAGAAGGGACAGUCUACAGGGGUACAUUUGGUAAAUAUGCUCACGCUGCAAUAAAAGAAUACACGAAUAUAAGUAGCUCGAGAACGAGUUGUGAAAGUGAACGAAAAUCUCCUGAAUGUAACAUGUGCAAAUAUUGUGCGAUUUUACUACUUUGAUGAAAACAAAUUUUCAUUUUACCUUUGCAUGGAGUUGUGUGAUUGUAACCUUGAAGUUUUCAUUUGUCAAUAUCCGAAAGAGGUUCCAAAGGAUGGAUUUAAGCAAAUUCUCGAAGGAUUGAAAGUGCUGCAUAACAAUAAAUUUCUUCACCGUGAUCUUAAGCCAAGCAAUGUUCUUGUUAAGAAAGAAAAGACAGAAGAAGGGAAACUUAUUGUAUUGAAAUUGUCUGAUUUUUCUCUCGCCAAAGAAACCGAUGAUGAAAUGAGUGUCAUAUCCGGACUAUAUAUUGGAACAGAAGGUUGGAUUCCACCGGAAAUACAUCAAGGAACUGAAGUCAAACCAUCAAAUAUAGUAGUGAAUGCAUCUGCAGAUAUAUUUGCAUGUGGCAUGCUCGGGUACUAUGUCGUUUCAGGUGGUCAAAUGCUUUACAAUUCUCAGGAAGCUAUAAAUCAUGAUAUAAAUCAGGGCAAUGCAGAUUAUAGCAAUUUACAUGACCCUACAACUAAAGAUAUUGUACGAGCGAUGACAUGUCGUGACGAAAGUAAACGACCAAAUGCUAAGAUGUGUUUAAAACACCCGUGUCAUUGGGAUUCCGCUAGAGUUUUUGAAUAUUUCAAAGUGGUAAAUGAUACCAUUGUAAGUGUAGAUGUACAUAUAAAAACACAAGUGUCUAAUGCGUUAAACCAAAAUCCCCAUCAGGUGUUUCAAUCAGACUGGAAAAGCAGGCUCACACCGCUUGUUAAAAAUGAAUUAUUCACAGCGCCUAGAUCCAGCACUAGACCGAAAUACAACGAGUUUAAUGUAACCGACUUGAUUCGAGCAAUACGAAACACGAAGGAACAUUUCUUACAGAUGAAACAUUUGCACAACGAACUGGGCAAUAAUAAAAACGACCUUCAUGCAUACUGGACAGGACUAUUUCCUUAUCUACUUAUUCACACAUAUACAACUCUAAAACCUAUGACCAUGUAUGGAGAGCUUCAACAUUAUUACUGAAGCAAUUGUUGUUAUUGUUUCAUAUAUUUUUUACAAAGAAAUGUUGGGUAAAAAAGUAACACAAUAAAAACGAGAUAGUCUGAGUAAAUUAGCAAAAACCUCCUGUUGAGGUAAACUUAUUUUGUGAAAAAUAUGCCUAAGAUUGCUAGCCUACAAAAAGAUUUGUGAUUUAUUUUAAUUCGAGGAGAGUUAGGGAUGUGUUAGGGGACAGCAAACAAAUUGUCCACAAAUUAUGGUCUGAAGUGAAUUGCGCGAUUUGAUACUAUAAGUAGAAUACCAUAGAGACGAUCCUAUUCUACGAUCACUUUUUGGAAUUAGUAUUUCUGGGUUGUAAUAAUGUAUUCUUUGAAACAAAGAGAAUGAGAAUGAUGACGUAAGACAAAGUUUUUUUUUAUGUACUUGCAAGUAAACCUAUUGAUUAAACUUGUGAUUAUAACAUUAAAUCAAACCGAAUUGGUAAAUCUAACAAUAUUUUGCUGUACGCUUAAUGAUAGGAUGGACCCUACUAUUUAUCAGAGUACACGGACUUCUUACUUAUCUAUUUAUUUCCAUUUUUGCUAUGUACGUUACUUAAUAUAAAAAACAUUCACUUAUUACCAGUGUGUUGAUUAUAUGAUUUCUAUACACUUUGUACAAUAUGACAUUUAUUUAAAUCGGAUGCCUCUGCUGGUAAAUAAUUGUAAUAAAACAAUACAUUUAAUUGUGGUAAAUCUUAUUUGGAAUAAGAGUGCAUCUUUAAUAAAUGUACAUAAAACUGAAGAAAUUAUAGCAAUGUCUUAUCCGUAUGUAAAUAUAUACGGUCUUUUACCAGAAUUUGAUUGCGAGUUUAGUUUCUUAAAACACUUCAACAAACCUUUUACAGCCGUCUGACGGAGCACUGUCAAAACAUUAUUUUGGAAACAGGUAUGUCAAGUGUUUGCUGAAACUAAUGACCUCAUCAAAUUUCGGAAAUAAAACAAAUGCGGGGCUCUUUAAGCGGCAUAGACUGCCCUUUGUUUCAUUUAAAAUGGUGUUGUAAAUGAAAAGUUAUCUUUGAUUUAAGUCUUCAUUUUAAGCAAUUUUUUGCCUUCCGACGUAGCAUAUAUGACGUAAUUUAUCAUGUGGUAUACACACACUGGUUAUAUUUAUCGCAAGGAUAGUGUCUGACUUCAAAUGAGAGAAUUCGUAUCACCAUUUAAACCGACUUCGUAGAUUGUGUAGGUUAAGUGCGUAAACAAAUAUGUUUUCAAUAUCUGAAACUCAGACCAAACAAACAUUUCUGGGAAAUUAAAGUAAUGCAGUGCGAUAUAUUAUAGUUCUCUAUUAUGCCCGUGGCCAUGCCCCGGGGUUCACAGGUUUAGUAUACUUAAAUUUGGAAAUGUUUGAAUAUCUUUCUAUCAGAAACCGCUAGUCAUACCCUUGCUAUUUUGAACAAGGCAUAAUUUCGUGGUCAGCUACCCUGAUUGUUCAAAGUAUGCCCUUGGGGUCAAAACAGACCCUGCCCCGGUGUCACAAGUUUCCUAGAGACUUAUAUAAGAAAAACUUUCAAAAUCUUCUUGCUUUAAACCACAAGGCUUAUACCUUUGAUAUUUGUUGUAUCAUAUGAUGACCCUCUAACAGUUGAAAUUAUGCCCCUGAGACAAAAGCUGGCCCCACCCUUUUGACCUACAUUUUUUAAAUUUGGACCAUGUGUACAGUUUUGCAAACGAGCAUCGAUGUUGUCCUCUAAUGACCUCGACUGUAACCUUUUGACCUACUAUCCAUUUUUGACUUGAAUUUUUUCCCAAUCUUUUUCGGGGAGUGCCCCAAACCCCUGUGCCAAUACUUCCAACCAAAUAUUUCGGUUCUGAGGGAAGAGCUCGAGUAAAAAGAAAACAUCCCUAAGUUACGCCCCUCUAACGCCGAAUCCUGGUCCCGCCCCUGUCGGUUGCAUCCAAUUUCUUACCCACGUGGGUUAAUAUCCUCCGAGGAACAAAAAUACCCAAAUGGGCUAUGAUGGGAAUAUAAACACAGUACACACAAAUCAUAAGGGUGUACUAAGAUCCUUGACUAGUACUUUGAAUUUUAAGUUUUCUUGGGGUAGUCGGGGUGUGCUUUUGGUACACGUUGAGUGUCAGUGAGUAGUCAUGAGGUGUCCUCGGGUGGGCCUGGUAUAUCAAAGUAUAGUAAUAUUAUUCAAAGUGUUUCUGCGAAGUCCUGGAUUGUCUUUUGAUAGUCAAAGUAUGUCCGUUGGAAGUCACGAGAAGGUAUUAAAAGUAUGUUUGAAGGGAUAUAUGGAAACCAUUAUCAUUAUAAUUAUUUAAUGUAUACUAUUUGUACAUACUGUGCGGAUGUAUGAUUUUGAAAUGUAAUUUGUUAUGUUUGUUAGUUUGAAAUGACAAAUAAGUAAUAGAAAUUUUGAUUAUGGUCAAGGAUAGUUUUUAUGACCGUGUUAUGAGUUACAUUAUUAGAUCCUGUGACACAGAGUAAUAUUUUAAGAUCAUCAUGUGAAGUUACCUUGUGUGAAUGUAACAUUUGUAAUGCAAGAUUACAUUUAAAAGGUAACAUGGUACAGCAUUGCACAAUAAUAUAACAUUAAACUACAGGUUAGAAUGGUGUUAGUAUUUUAAAAAAACCUAUUGUAAACAUAGUGCAGAAGUUUUGUUGAAAAGUACACUAAUAUUUUAAUAUAUGAUCUCCUUAAAGAAGUUUAAAUAAUGUUAACUCGAUGUAGUGUCAGCCAAAGCGUGAAGGCAGGUUGACAUUUAUACUUAAGUUAAGGUUUAUCAGUUUAUGUUAUCAAUUCAAGGGAUUUUAGAUUUUCUAUAUUAAGCUAAUUGUAGAAAUCCUUAAAAAGGAGUUUGGAAGAACAAAAUUACCUGUUUUUUGUUAAUGUAUAUGUACUUCUUAAAGACAUGGUCAUACUCUGAAAAUAUUUGCGAAGUCCUAGUGUGAAAUUAUCAAAUGAUAUACUUUUAAAAGAAAACAAAUAAAUAUUGUAAAUAAUUGUUCCUUUAAGACUCAUUUGGUCGUUUCACGCUUGCAAUGACAAGUUUCUCAUUUUUAAUAUCCUCUAGCGUAUAUGGGGAGGAGCUAUGUGAGGUAAAAGUGAAGUGCAGGAUCGUCACCGAUUGUCUUCUGUUUAGGCAUUGUACAUAACGAGGAGUUAAAAAUCAGGUUAGAACAGUUUACGCAUUUCAUACCCAUUGCUGAGUUUGAUAACAACCUCAGCUGUGCAAUACUAGGUCACUUGUGUAAGGGACUGGCCCUUAUAAAGAGGACAUUUGUCAAGGUCCAUUUUCUUUUCGCGACACUCUACAAAGACAUGAAAGUAAAUUGUUACUACAUCAUGAUAAGUGAAUGCAGCACUGAAGAUUUGAUAACAUGAUCCAUGAGGAACACAAUUACUCUAAUUGCAGGUCCUUUGCAAUUUGAUCUCAAUUGUUAACCAGGUUAUGCAAAUCAAAGAUUGGUGCACAAAUCGCAAAAUAAUGAUUAAGAUUCUCUCUUAGUAUUUAUAUACAAGUAAUGAUAUCAUUCAUUUUUUAGGUUUUGAUCUAAGCGAUUUUGUUCAAGAGAUAUUAAAAAAGUUGUAAACUUUUAUAAAGGUUAGUUUAUAGGUCGUGUAUUUUGUGCAAAAUAAAAAACUAAAAAAUGAUGUCUAAAAAGUAUGAAAUUGUGAAAUGUAAGCAUGGAGAGUUUAAAAUAGUUUAUACAUUAUUUGAAUUUGUGAAGAAUUGUAAACACAUUUAUUUAUUGAAUUCAAAUGCUUCGAAACAUCUAUAUUUCUUUGUUUUAUUU